ACCGCGUACGUGACACAUUGAUUAGAGAGUAGGAUUGGCAUAUCCAUUGGAGGGAAGGGUUAGCUCCAGAAAAAUGAGUACCAAAACCAUCGAAACCAGAACACAACGGCUCAAAUACAGAAAAGGAGUAAAAGAGAAUAAAUACCAAACGCCACAUCUCUACCAUUCCAUCAUCAAAUCAACCCCCAACAAAGAAAGAGAGAGGGUAACCGUUUCAGAGCAGAAACAACAGCGAAUCUCCUUUCAUUUCUCUCAAUCUCUUUUGCUUUCUGUAAUUUUCUAAUCCUCAUAGGAGUAUUUUGGGAAAGCGUGGAAUGUUGGGGAAGGAAUGUCUUGCAAUGCAGGGGAAUGAGAGAGAGGAUGAUGGAAGGCAAGCCCCCGAGGAGGAGUACUAGUCACGUGUCACUCACCAGGAGUCACGUGAGGGUGUGGUUACUCCGCCUUACGACGAGCGUACUGCUCUGGACGGGCCUGAUUCAGCUGACCUCCGUCGCUGAGCUAUGGCAGCCCCGGCUACUUCCCAAGGGAUGGCCGCCUUGCUUCGAUCGCCGCCCCGACUAUACCAACAGCACCAGCUUCUCUGUCCGGAGCGAGAUUGGGGCUGCUCCGUCACCGCCUGCUCUUCUCCCGAAGCGGGUUUACAAGAACAAUGGUUAUCUGAGAGUUUCAUGCAAUGGGGGCCUGAACCAAAUGCGAGCUGCGAUCUGUGAUAUGGUGACAGUUGCCCGCUACCUGAAUUUGACAUUACUUAUUCCAGAGCUCGAUAAAACAUCCUUUUGGGCUGAUCCCAGUGACUUCGGGGAUAUAUUUAACAUUAAGCACUUCAUUAAUUCAUUACGAGAUGAAGUGCGGAUUGUAAAAUCACUUCCAAAAAAAUUUAAUAGGAAGAUUCACAGCACUGUGUUCUCAAUGCCGCCAGUAAGCUGGUCGAGUGAAAAAUACUAUCUUAAACAGAUCUUACCACUCUUUCGGAAGCAUAAAGUGGUCCACUUUAACAAGACAGAUGCUCGCUUGGCGAACAAUGGCCUUCCUAUUAAACUCCAAAAGCUACGCUGCCGGGUUAACUAUCAGGCAUUGAGGUUUACUCCACAGAUCGAGGCCCUAGGAAAUAAGCUCAUCUCGAUCCUCCGGAGCAGUGGGUUUUUUGUUGUCCUCCACCUGCGAUAUGAGAUGGAUAUGCUAGCAUUUUCUGGUUGUACACAUGGAUGCUCUGCUGAAGAGACUGAGGAGCUCACAAGCAUGAGGUACGCAUAUCCAUGGUGGAAAGAGAAGGAGAUUGUGUCCGAGAGAAAAAGACUCGAGGGGCUAUGCCCUCUUACACCAGAGGAAACUGCGUUGGUGCUGCAGGCACUAGGUUUUGCAAGGGACACUCAAAUAUACAUUGCCUCCGGAGAAAUCUAUGGUGGGGACAGAAGGUUGGCAGCUCUACGGGCUGCAUACCCUAAAAUAGUAAGGAAGGAGAUGCUCCUUACUCUUGAAGACUUGAGGCCAUUUCAUAAUCACUCCACUCAGAUGGCAGCAUUAGACUAUCUAGUCUCUGUUGCGAGUGAUGUUUUUAUUCCCAGCUAUGAUGGUAAUAUGGCAAAAGUUGUUGAAGGGCACCGCAGGUACUUGGGAUUCCGAAAAACCAUUCUGUUGGACCGUAGGGAGUUGGUGGAGCUGCUUGAUCUGCACCUAAAUAACACCCUGUCAUGGGAUGAAUUCUCACACGCCGUCAAGGACGUUCAUGAGCAUCGGAUGGGCCAACCCACAAGGAGGAAAGUCAUAUCCAUACGACCUAAAGAAGAGGACUAUUUCUAUGCCAAUCCCCAGGAAUGCCUUGGCCCUUUGAGUACUGAGUCAAACGCUGCUGAGCCUUUGAAGCUCGUUGGCACAGUUGCCAAUUCGUUUCUCUAACAGCCCACUCCAUUUUCAGAGGCUGGAGCUGGCCAUGUGCUGCAGCUCCAAUGUAUAGAGAGGCUCAGUUUGGAGCAGAAUUUGGAUUUCAUCGGCUGCAUCAAGAGACUGCGGCUGGCUACAAGGUGUACUGCAGGAAGAGAGAGCAUACAAGCUGACAAAGGGGUUUUAAGUGCAUGUAUACUAAAAGCACUCGUGAGCCCCAAAUGAUCCUUUUCUACCAUUUCUUAGUGGCAUACGCUAUAAGCGUUGCUGUUCUUUUUUUUCUUUUCUUUUUUUUAUCUUUUUUUUUUUUUUCUGUUUUUUUCUUCUUCUUUCUUUGUUUUUUUUUUUCCACAUACAUUGUUCGAAUCAUCCAAUUGCUUUUGUUGUUUUAAAGUGCUAACGCAGAUGCUGCUACGGUGGAUAUUGUCUACAGAUGCAUGUUAGGAUGCUGGUCCUAUUCAAUUUCCUCCCGAGCACUAUCAUAGUUGCCUUGGGAUCUCAUUUUGGAA